AUGGAGGUCACCAAUCGUAACCACGAACAGGCAAUAGGCCCUGCGAAGUUCAAACACUUCACCCGCCUGCCACCCGAGCUGCGGCACAUGGUAUGGACCUACUUCUGGGUCGAUCUCACCACCGGCUUGUCCUUAACGCAUGUCACAUACAUCGACGAAUCAUCCCCCAGAUACAUCGCUCACGACGCUCGGGACCAUUCAGUCAUCGAAAUCGACGAGCUAGUGGCCUUGACUCGCCAAGGGCCAAAGACACGCCAGCAACUGCCAGUCUACCCCUUUCCCCAGAACAAUCCAUUCGACUUUCCUCCGGCCCCAGCGACACGCGCAUCAACUCCCGCCGUCCCCAAGUCCAUCUGGGUUGACUGGACGGGCGAUCAUUUAUAUUUUCACCUCCAAGAUCUGCCGUCUGAUCUCGCCAAGGAUUGGAACAGAUGGCUGAGACACAUCUUUCCGAGUCGUCGAGGCGAUGGCAGUCUACUGGCUUGUGUCAAACCUGCCCCAGCUGAAGAUGGCGUGCUAUACCGCUGCUAUUACCAGAGAUACGAGCGAACCAGGACGGUCGAGGCAUUGCCGACCCAGGCGGAAAAUGCGACCAAGGCGCUGGAAGAAGCGUUUGGUGGUGUGCUCGAUGUCAGCUACCAUACACCGCCAGCAACCAACUAUUUGACGAUACACCUACAAUCCUGA